AUGGCACAAUCUUUCGUAAAUCAGCGAUCAUAUGAAAUUACACCAACAACCAAUACAAUUUUUCCCUAUAAUCAAAGUAGUUAUACCCAAACUUACAAAUUUUUAUCAAAAACGGGGCAUCAUUCCCCUUCAAAUCCUUUCGCUUCUUAUUUUCGAAAACUCUUAUCAGAACUCAAAAUGGGAGAUCAAAUUGAAUGUGCCUUAGACCUUAUGAGGCGUCUCCCUCCACAAAAUACGGAAGAAAACCUUUUAAACAUUAUAACUCUUAUACCUGAUCAUCAUGAAGAUUUAUUAAAUAAUGUUGACCAGCCACUCAAGAUUAAAAAAUGUAAAACAAAAAAUCGAGAUUACUUAUUGUCCCCCUUCAAUAUGUAUGGCGAUUCUUAUCGUUCUCCUUGGUCAAACGAGUAUGAUCCUCCCAUAUCUGGCGGGAUAUUACCUUCAGUCAAAACACGAAAAUUAGAAAUAUCCGCCAAUGAUGCUUUUGAUACAUAUCGUGAAAUGUAUUAUGAAGGGGGUGUCUCUUCAGCGUAUUUUUGGGAUGAACCACCGGAUGGGUUUUCUGGUGCAGUUUUAUUCAAGAAAGUUGGUGAAGGUGUCCGUAAGAUGAAAGGGGCAUGGGAUUCAAUUCAUGUAUUCAAAGCGAAUGAACGUGGUCGCGGUGCACAUUAUAAAUUAACUUCUACCGUUAUGUUGUAUACCAUAACAAGCAAACCCGAACUCGGAAAUAUGAAUCUUUCUGGGAGUAUGACAAGACAGUUCGAAGCCGAUUAUCCCUAUGAUGAACCUUCUUCUCAUAUAGCAAACAUUGGACGUAUGGUUGAGGAUAUUGAACUUAAAAUGCGUAAUCUUCUUCAAGAUGUUUAUUUUGGCAAGACUAAAGAUAUUGUAAAUGGUUUGAGGUCGGUUAAAUCGCUUGUCGAAACUCAAAGGCAAGCUGAUAUUCAAAAAGAAUUACUAGGGAAGUUGAUGGAACGAAAAUCAUAA